GGGAGCCCCGAGGCUCUGCGCUCCCGCUUCCCGGGCUGGGCGGGUGCGAAGGCGACUCCAGGGGACUCUGCAAGCCCAAAGGAUAAACUAGGGUGGCCUUAGUUUUGAAAAAGGAAGGGCUACAAAAACAGUGUGGCGAACAAAAAACACACCUUCCAUGUCCGGGGGGGGUGUUCUUUAAAAAGACAUGGUUUUUUAGAGAGGGAGGUGUGAUGGGUUGCCCUCCCGGAUAGCAUGAAAUGAGGGCGUUGGGGUGUGACUUGAGUUAGUUUUCAGAGGAAAAGGGCCUUGGAGAAUUGGUGUAGAUCCCAGGGAGGCUUAAAGGCCUGUCCUUCUGUGUAUUAGAUUGCAAAACAGCAAUCUGCAUGAAGAUAAUUACCACGGCUGCUUGAAGUCACAGUAACUUUAACCUUGUUGCCACACAGAUCAAGUGUCUGUCCUUUUUUAAACCAAGUACAUGGGCCCAUUGUUCAUCACAAUGGUCACCUUAUGUAUGGAACCAGGGAGUUGGUCCCAUGCAAGUGCUCCUGAUGAAUAAGGGGCAGAUCCUGUGAAACACAGUCGACUGGCCAGUUCGAGUUGCGAGAUGAGGCCGCAGCAGCCGCCUGUUGCCAGCAAGGUCUUUGUCCAGCGGGACUACAGCAGUGGCACCAAAUGCCAGUUCCAGACCAAGUUUCCUCCAGAAUUGGAGAAUCGAGUCGACAGGCAGCAGUUUGAAGAAACAGUGCGAACUCUAAACAAUCUUUAUGCAGAAGCAGAGAAGCUUGGGAGCCAAUCUUACCUUGAAGGGUGCCUGGCCUGCUUGACUGCCUACACUAUAUUCUUGUGCAUGGAAACACAUUAUGAAAAGGUUCUGAAGAAGAUUGCCAAGUACAUUCAGGAACAGAAUGAGAAGAUCUAUGCCCCACAGGGCAUCCUCCUGACGGACCCCAUUGAGAGAGGGCUCAGAGUUAUUGAAAUUACCAUUUAUGAAGACAGAGGUGUGAAUAGUGGGAGAUAAAUCCUGAGGUCCAAGGUUCCAGCUUUUGUUCCAGAAAGUUCCCCUACCUCCUCCAUCAUAACAUCAUUCCUUUCUUCUGCCGCCAACCCCAUGGUGCCAUCUACCACAAAGACUUAACUUCUCAAAAUCCUACUCCUUCACAGCAAAAUCCCAUGGACAGGAUAGCAUCCAUUUUGUGUCAUAUGGGUAAGCCAAAAGCAAUGGCGUCUGCCUGGUAGCUUUAGCUUCCAAGGACCAGUUGAGCAGCCAUACGAGUCACUGGGCACAAGACCAGACUGGAGUCUGCUAAGUGCUGAGUGGCUCCUUUUGCAAGCGCUCGGAUUUUGUCAGCUGUUCGGGAAGAAAGCAGCAGUGCGGCAUAGGCAGCUGAAUCUUCAGAAAUGAGGCCCAUGUUUGUGAAGUGGCAGCAGGGUGUUUCUCUGCUUGUUCAGAGGAGACUUGGAACAAAUACCAUCUUGAGUUGAAGCCUCCUGUGGUGGUAACAGCAACCAUGCAAAAAGGGUUUCAUUUUUAACACUUCACCAAGAGCUAGUGCAGUCUUCGGGACACGAAGUCCUCUGCUUUCACUGUGUCUUUCAAGAGAGGAGAAGGUCAAUGGUUUGUUUCGUUCAAUGCGUGGAAGCGCGGCAGCCCAAAUGUAUGCUGUGCCAGUCAGUGUAACCGCCCUCUGCUCUCUCCAUCCCUUUUCAAGUGUUGAAUAUGUGAGCUAGGUAAUAAAUGGCUUUUUCAGUUUUGUUAGCAGUUAAAAGGUUUUAGGGCAAGCUGGUAACUUGACUAGAAAUGGUGUUAUGAUAGCGCUUUGUUUUAGAUCUCUCUCACACAGUGUGCAACUCAGCAGCCUGUAGUACUUUCACUUGCAUUCAACAUUCCUCUAGCAACACUUACAAAAUAUAUAGAAGAUUUUAGUCUUCUGAGUUGAUACCUUCUUAUGGAUCAAAUGUUUUUCUCUGUUCAUCCAAGUGGGCCCUUGAGUAGAGGCCAGCAAGAGUCGCUCAGCCGCUUGACAGUUGCUGUCACCUCCCAUGUCCAGGAAUUCAAGGCUUUGCCAAACGAGACCACCUACAAAACGGACCACCUACAAAAAAUUUCACUUCUUGAGCGAUUCAAAAAGCCAGUAGUGAAUCAGGGUCUUUAGGUGGAUUAUUCUUCAGUACCUAUUUGCUGGUUUCUUUAUCCUUUCCUCUAGAAGUCUGUUUAAUAUUUAAGUGUACAAAACACCUGUUGUUGUUUUUCUAAACUGUAACAGUGUUCUGCCUUUUGCACCCGUUACAAUCAGUUUUGAGAAAUAUUAAUGGAUUGGUAACUUUUUUUCUUAAAUAAAUUUUGUCAUUUGCUAGCACU